AUGGAAACUGAUCAGAUUUUAGCGGAAGUGAAUAGGCUAAGUUACGAUGGUAACGGCAUCGAAGAUGCCAUACGCUUUAUUAGGACUCACGAGAGAGUCUAUAAUGGGUUGAAGUCGUUUGGAAAUAGUAACUGGAGUAAGGCCUACGUAAAUAUAUUCUUGGGUGGUCUUGUAAAACAAGCGGCAGACUGGAAAAACGACAAGUUUUUGACAGUGAUGGUCGCAACGACAGAAGAAUGGUUUAAGUUUUUUAGGGAUGAAUUCAUUCCCCUGACGUAUGAUAGGACUCUCUAUAAAAGAUUACAGAGUCUUAAAGAAAACGGAAAGACCAGGAACUACUGUGAUAAAUUCAGACAAAUAGAGUAUCUUAUUGAAGAUAAACAAGACUGGUACCUAGACAAGCUUUUUGAAGAAGGUCUAAGUACAAACUCUCGUGAUCUGUGUAUCACUCGGGGAGUUCAAACGAGGUCUGAAUGUAUAGAGUUCCUAAAGAAGCUUAGAAACCGGGAAGACAUACCGGCACCAGUAGAAAGAAUUGCAGAGAACAGAGGAACUAAGAGGAAAAGUUCGUUCGCAAAUGCAUACAAAGAAAGAUCUGAUAGUAUUAAGUGUUACGGCUGUGGCAAUAGUGGCCACUACAAGAGGAAUUGUCCGGAAAGAAGGCAAUGGGAACACUAA